AUGUCUCAAAGAGCUCUAUAUCUUAGACUUGGAAAUCGCGUUGUAGAAGAAGCUCAGUUACUUGCCGAAAAAAAAUGGAUAAUUGAGGCUCUCGCUAAAAUCCGAAACCAACGAAAUUGUCUUCAGAUAGAGAGGCUACAUUUGGAGAGUUUGAAGGCACAAAUUAAAGGAGCAAAAAAAGCAACUGUUGUGGAUUUGAAACCUGUAGGGGAAGGAAUCAAUGUUCCAUCAACAUCGGCAGUUAAUUUAAUGCAGUGUGCACCAAAGAGUACAGAACUUGCUAAUGUUAAUGGAGUUGGAGCGACAGAUGAAGAUAUCAAUUGUAAUCAGCAGGAACUGGAUUUGAUGAUCUCCAAUUGUAUAUCUAAUUACAGUGGAGAUAGCUUAUAUUGCAAUAUGGAGGAAGAUGAAGAAGAUGAUGACAUUAUGAUAGACAUCAAUAUGCUGAUGAACGGGGAAGCGAAG